GCUCAGCGGCAAGUCUUGGCUCCUGACUCGUGGGACCGGCCCGGGGCCCAGCCGGGAGCCAUGCCGCCCAAAGCGAGGAAGGCUGACGAGGCUGUGCCAGCGAAGUCAGGAAGCGCCGAGGUCGGCAGUGCCUGGAGCAGGCCUCCAAACAUGGGAGCGCCUGCACGGCCACUAGCGCCCACCAGCCCGGCAGGCGCUAAGCCCAAGGCGACAGUCACCACCAGUAUGAGCAUAGCUGCACAAGCUGCAAGGAAUCUUGGCGGCUUUGUGCCAAACAAGAUCUUCGUAGGUGGAGUGCCCAUCACUGUGACGGAGGAGCAAUUUAGGCAAUGCUUCGCCGCCUAUGGCACGAUCACCAAAGUGGAGCUACACGCCCUGCGUGGAUUUGGAUACAUCACCUAUGACACGGUGGAGGCAGUUGAUGCCUGCUUGGAGAAGUACGAGGAGCAUUACCUGAGUAAGAAAUGGGUGGAGGUGAAGCGCUCCAUCCCCAGGGAGCUGAUAGAUGCCUAUGAGCGGGAGCAGCGGCGGCUACAACACCUCCAUGAGCCCAGCAGCAGCCCAACCAAGGCCAAGGAGGUCGCUGCCUCUCCGAAGAGCGCCGCGCCCUCCGCCUCGCCGGCAGGUGGCAAGGGCGUCCCUGGUGCAGCUGGCGCUCGACCUGCCGGGCCCACGGCCGCUCCGCCCAGGGCGGCAGCUGCUAGGCCUGCUGCUGGGUCCAGCGGCAAUCUGCAGAGGACGAUGACCUCUUCUUCGAUCGCUAGCUCACAAGGUGGCUACCCAGGAGCUCCAGCGACUCCUGCGGGGCAUGUGGGCCGCAUCGCGCAGCUGAAGGAGAUGGGCUUUAGUGACGAGGUGGCCAGGAAAGUCCUCACGGAGUGUGCCUGGGAUGUGAACAAGGCCAUUGAUCGGCUUCUUCUCACCGGGGUGCCCGACACAGAAGGCGACACAGGAGGCAGCGAUAAAGGUGCCGAGAAGGAGAAGAUAGCUGAAGACGAGGACACAGGCGCCAAUGGCAAGGCGUUCUUCCCAGAGAAAGAAACAGUUCAGGAGACCGAAGCGACGGAAAGUCCACCGGAGAACGGAGGCGCACCCUUGCCAGCAGAAGCUACGGAGGCAGCCUCUAGCGGGGCCUCGCAAGAGCCUGCCCAGACGGAAGUUGUACAGCAGCCUGCUCCGACAAAACGAUUGGAGCGGGUCACCAAGCCAUGGACGGCCGGGGACACUUCGCAGCUAGGAGUCGUGGAGGACGAAUUUGUGUAUGUAUGGGCCGAGACUGGCACGGAGAAUGGCUGGAUUCAUGCCGAGCUUGCCAGCAAUCAGGCCAAGGUUGGCUGGUUGCCGCAAUGCAUCCUUAGAGAGCUUCCUGAAGGUCAGAGAUGGAUGCGCGCAAAGACCAAGUGGCAGGCACGGGAUGAUACGCAGUGCAGUGUGGAAGUCGGCGAGUUCUGCUUAGUGUGGGUAAGUUCACUCACCAAAGAAGGCUGGACCUAUGUUGAGUGCCAGGACAGCGCAGACAAAGGAUGGUUGCCGGAUUUUUGCUUGGCGUGGAGUGACCCAUGAGAAGGGCCUGCGUGUGAGCUUUGUAAUAUUGGCCGAGGUUUGCAGUUUUCAGGCCCUCCCAC